CCAAAUCUCGCGAGACUUCCUAUUAUUUAUAUUCUGAAUGGCUCGAAUUUUUGGGGUUGACAAAACAUUGAAUGAGUCACCUCUUUUUCAUGCUCCACGGUGAUUAUUUUCACUUAAAGAUACACGUUUUGACAUUUUCUAAUAUGUUGCGCUUAUGUUUUUCUUUAUGGCGCGAACGGAUAUCGGUUUGUUUGGAGGUUUAGCAUGAGGUAGCUGUUAGCAUCUGCAGCUACCGAAACCCCCAACAUCCCCCCAAAACUGUCUAAAGUUCAUUAUUCUGACUAUUAAACGUACAAGGAUAUAUUUUACAAGCACUUAAAGGCAUAAACACUGGACAUAAUGCUGGCCACGGGAGCUGCUGUGAGUAACGUGACAGCUCUGGCGCAGGUGGACAGGGAGAAGAUUUACCAGUGGAUCAACGAGCUGUCGAGUCCAGAGACCAGAGAGAACGCUUUACUAGAGCUGAGCAAGAAACGCGAGUCUGUGCCUGAUUUAGCCCCCAUGCUCUGGCACUCCUGUGGCACCAUCGCUGCCCUCCUACAGGAAAUAGUGAACAUCUACCCAUCCAUAAACCCUCCCACACUCACAGCUCAUCAGUCCAACAGAGUCUGCAACGCUCUGGCUCUUCUACAAUGUGUCGCUUCACAUCCAGAAACAAGGUCGGCGUUCCUGGCAGCCCACAUCCCUCUGUUCUUGUACCCGUUUCUUCACACUGUGAGCAAAACGCGACCCUUUGAAUAUCUGCGCCUCACAAGCCUCGGAGUUAUAGGAGCUUUGGUCAAAACAGACGAACAGGAAGUGAUCAACUUUCUGCUCACGACUGAAAUCAUUCCUCUGUGUCUGCGCAUUAUGGAGUCAGGCAGCGAGCUUUCCAAAACGGUUGCCACUUUCAUCCUGCAGAAGAUCUUGCUGGAUGACACUGGACUGGCUUACAUCUGUCAGACGUACGAACGCUUCUCUCACGUCGCCAUGAUCCUGGGUAAAAUGGUGCUGCAGCUGUCCAAAGAACCAUCCGCUCGCCUCUUAAAGCACGUGGUCCGCUGUUACCUCAGACUCUCCGAUAAUCUCAGAGCCAGAGAAGCCCUGCGCCAGUGCCUGCCUGACCAGCUCAAAGACUCGACGUUCGCGCAGGUUUUAAAAGAUGACACCACCACAAAGAGAUGGCUUGCCCAGCUUGUCAAGAACCUGCAGGAGGGACAGGUCACGGACGCCAGAGGAAUCCCGCUCGCUCCACAGUGACCCCAGCCCCGCCCUCACAUGCCCACAGACACGCGCGCACAGUGACUCCGCCCACACCCACACGUGCACCCAGUGACCCCCCACCACCACCACUACUGUACACUGUAAAAACACACAUCUGCAUCAGUUUAAAUGACUUGGAUUCAAAAUGUUCAUCAUGUGAGUACUUUCAGCGGUGUGUAAUCUUCUGCUCAUGAUGUUGCUUUGCCAAAAAUAUUCCAGAGUAGGGCACUAAACCUAUCUAUCCCUAUGGAGACAAACAUGUGCCAAGUGUUUACAUGUCAGAUCCAUGGAGAGGCAACCCCACUGAUUAAGAAUGCAUGUUCAUGUAUUUAGCAAAAGGCUGAAAAUGCGCAAUGGUUUGGUUUAAUGCCAUAUUGUGGAACAUUCUAGAGAAUACAUUUAGAGACAAGCAGGUGUCAGACUCUCUACCAGAACUACUACUACUACUGCUACUACUACUACUACUACUACUACUACUACUACUACUACUACUACUACCACUACUACCAGAAUUACUAGUACUAGUAGUACUACUACUACCAGAACAACACCAACAACUACUACUACUAGAAUUACUACUACCACUACUAGAACUACCACUACUAUUAUUACUAGAAUUACUACUACCACUACUAGAACUACUACUACUAUUACUUCUACUACUACUAUUAUUACUAGAACUACUACUACUACGACUACUACUAGAACUACUACUACUACAACUACUAGAACUACCACUAUUACCAGAACUACAACUACUACUGCUACUACUAUUACCAGAACUACUACUAUUAAUACUACUACUGCUACCAGAACUACUAUUACUACUGCUACCAGAACUACUAUUACUGCUGCUACCAGAACUACUAUUACUGCUGCUACUAGAACUACUAUUACUACUACUACCAGAACUACUGUUAUUACUGCUACCAGAACUACUAUUACUACUGCUACUAGAACUACUAUUACUACUGCUACCAGAACUACUACUACUACUACUACUACUACUACUACUACCAGAACUGCUACUAUUACUACUACCAAAACUACUACUAUUAUUACUACUACUACUACUUAUACUAUUACUACUGCUACUACUACUGCUAUUACUAUUACUUCUAAGAUGAAUCAUUUGAAUUCAAGUCAUUUUCAACAGGAUGUAUGAUUUCAGUUUUCCAGUGAUCUCAAUUCAAAACUGCAGGUGGACUUGUACCAUUGUGGUGAAUGCAAACGAAUGGACUUUUGCAUUUUCAUGAACAUGUCUAAACAGCAGACCAGCAUCACGUCUCAUAAAGUGGAUUUUCAACAAUAAAAUCCAAGACAAGCAUUUGGAGUAAAGUUUGGUUAUUUUUGUAUUCAAGUCAGUGUCAAUGGUUGGAGUUGCUCUUAAAGGAAGUUUAGUGAUGUAUGAAUGAUUUUUGAAUAAACCACUUUUUUGGAA